CGUUUCAUUGUAGGUAGCGAAGAUUGCAGAAAAUAAAUUGUAAACAAAAUAACUUUUUCAAAAAAACUUGCUUUAAAAUACAAUAAUAAUAUGAAUGAGUCGUGUAAAACGGUAAAGAAUAAUUACAUCAGUCCACAAUGCCAGCAUUUCGUGAUAAGAAAGAAGCGUCUUUGUCGUAUGACCGUAAAACCAGGGAAAAGUUAUUGUGGAGAGCAUGAACCUUUACCGAAAACUGACGAUGGGCAGGAUGAUACACGGAUACCCUGCCCUAAUGACCCAAAACAUACCUGCUACGCUAGCAAGUUGGAGAAGCACCUCAGCAUUUGCAAUGCUCGACAACAAGAGCAACCUGACUACAUUGUACACAAUAUCAAUGCUCCUGCAGAGACCGGAGAGUGUCCUCGCUUGCCGCUUGCUAAAUUGCCACCGGAGAAGAUAUUGCAAGUUAUUGACAAAAUAAAUGUGCUUUAUGAUAAAUACUUGAAAGACGAGAUAACUGCACUGCCUGAGCAACCAAUCCACAGUGCGGUGCUGCCGGAGUUCAGUGAGGCGGGGCGCACGGAAAGCUCGCGCCGUCAUCUGCGCCAGGCCUCCAGUCUGAUGCGGCUGGUGGAGGAGGAGCAGCUCGUGGCCGACCGCACCGCCUACGUGGAGCUGGGCGCCGGGAAAGGCCAGCUGUCGUUCCUCGCGUGGCGCGCGUGGGGCCGCGGCGCCGACAGCCACGUGCUGCUGGUGGACCGCGCCUCGCUGCGCCACAAGCGCGACAACAAGCUGCGCGACGAGCGCGCGCACGUCACGCGCCUGCGCGCCGACCUCGCGCACCUGUGUCUGGAGCGCGUGCCCGCCGUGCGCGCCUGCGACGCCGUCGUGGGCUUCGCGAAGCACCUGUGCGGGGCGGCGACAGACCUGGCGCUGCGCUGCCUGAGCGCGCCGGGCGCCACGCGCGUGCGCGGCGCCGUGCUGGCCACGUGCUGCCACCACCGCUGCGCGCGCGCCGCCUACCCCGCCGCGCCGCUGCAGAAACUAGGCAUAGAUGCAGAGGAAUUCAACAUUCUGCUGGGCAUCGUCUCCUGGGCGACCUGCGGCGACGGCCGGAGCCGCGACCUACGAAAUCAACACAAACGGGCAAACUCACCGGAUACUGCCGACGCAGACGAUAUUGAAAGUCUCGGUAUCAGCGAAACGCACGAAGUCGACGAUCCCAACGCGGGCACUACGACGUCGCAUAUCGACGAUGACCUCCAUCGACGUAAUAUGGAAUUCAAUGAACUAAAUGAAACCGACAGCGUCAGUCGAAGCAAUGCACGAGACGAUGGCAGCACCAAUGAAAUGAACGAGGACUCUGCAGCAGCCGCGCGGCCGAGCGGGGCGCGGCGCGCGGCGGCGGGGCGGCGCGCCAAGGCGCUGCUGGACUGGGGCCGCGUGCUGUUCCUGCGCGAGCGCGGCUUCCGCGCGCGCCUCGUGCGCUACGUGCCGCCCGCCGUGUCGCCGGAGAACUUGUGCAUCGUGGCCAGCAGGCGCGCCGCGAGCGGGGCCGGCGCCACCGGAGCCCCGGCCCUGGCGAGCCCUGGCCUAGCGGUGCACGAGCCGUCUGUGGGUUGACAGAUCCGCUCACCAGAAGAAUAACUACCUAUCAUUAAUUAUACUUAAGAUUAUAGUUAUUCGCGUAGUUUACGUUCACUGAUGACAGACGUCGUGAUCGUCCUAUGGUAUCGCGCUAUUGUGCGAUAUAUAUCUUAAUAUAUAUAAAUCUCCUGUCACGAUGUUUGUCCGCGAUGGACUCUUAAA